UUUCUAUAUAAAAUAAAGGAUUUAUUAUAGAAUUAUCCGCAGAUAUUUUAAGAAAAUCAUAAAGAAAAAAACUUAAAUUACAGUGGCACUCCUAUAUAAUUAAUAAUUAAAUGAAUAAAGGUUAAAUCCAGAAAAGAACACAUUCGACUCUCGAAAAUUCCCAAUAUAAAUGGGCACAAAAUGAAAUCAAUAAUUUUUGUUAUGGAAUUUGAUUUUUUUAAACGCUUAUUGAACGCUUUAAUUAAACAAUUUUGUUGAUUUGAAAAACAAUAUCAUUCAACUAUAUAUUAGAGCGGUGAUAUCUAAACUAUAAACUGGAAUUAUGUUGGAGAAUUUAAAUUUAAUAGAAACAAUUAUUAGUUCUGAAAAUUCAAGUAUACAAAAUAUUAAAAAAUCUCAUCUUAAACGUAAAAUAGACAAAAAAUUUCUAUUAAGACAAAUUGACGUAAUGAAAACAAGAAGAAACUCUCCAAAUCAAAAUAGCAUUGACAUAGAAUAUCAUAUAAAUAAUAAAAAUAAGGAUAACAAUAAUGAUACUGUAGAUAUGCGAUCACAAUUUCAAUCACAAUGUGAUGAUAACAGUAGGAAUGAAAAUAAAUUUAGAAAAGAAAUACUACCAAACGCAGAAAUAUUUCAAACAAGAUUUGUAACUAUGCCAAAACAAGUGGAAACAACUGAUAUUAUUGAUAUAGGAAUAAAGGAAAGGAAACAAAAUGAUAAAUUUAAUAAAAAGAGAAAUCGAAUUUUAACAGAUGAAAUAACAACAUCAAGAAGAUGGGCCAUAAAGCAUCUGUUAACGAUUUUAGUGAUAUUUGUGUAUAAUACUAUGAACCUGUGUAAUGCAAUAUCAACGAGUCAACUUGGAAUGAAGACUGAGCCAAUAUUUCUUUCCACAUCAGCGGCAUUUAAGUUUGUUGUAGGUCAAACAAUUCAAUUGCCAUGUGAAGUUAGAACGCCAGGUCAAUAUAUUUUAGCGUGGAAACGAGGAAUUGCUAUAUUAACAGCAGGUUCUGUAAGGGUAUCACCUGAUCCCCGAAUUAGUUUAGUUAAUGGUAAUACAUUACAAAUUAGAGAUGCAACACCAGCUGAUGCUGGUGAUUAUAUUUGCCAAAUAGCCACAUUGGAACCAAAAGAAAUAAUUCAUCAUGUAGAAAUUUUAAUUCCACCAAAAAUUCAUCACGUAACAAAUGGCGGACUCAUACAAGUUAAAAAAGGCUCACCCGUACGAUUAGAAUGUUCAGCACAAGGCAAUCCAACACCAAAUAUAACAUGGACCAGAAAAAAUAAUAUUCUGCCAAAUGGUGAGGAUAGGUAUGUUUCUAAUGUUUAUAUAAUUGAAAAUAUGGAUCGACAUAAAGGCGGAACAUAUACAUGUACAGCAAAUAAUGGUGUAGGUCAGCCAGCAUCAAGUCAAAUUAUUUUACAUGUUUUAUAUCCACCGGAAAUAACAGUAGAAAAAACAGUUGUGUAUAGUGGAGAAGGUCAGGAAGCAGUGCUUGUUUGUAUUGUUCACGGUGAAUCACAACCAGAGGUAACAUGGUUAAAAGAUACGAUGCAAAUAGAUACAACUGAGCGUCAUAUAAUGGAGAGUCGUGGAGCACGACAUUCAUUAAUAAUACGUAAAGUAUAUUCAACGGAUUUUGGUAAUUAUACUUGUCAAGCAGACAAUCAAUUAGGAAAAGCAAGAAAAACAAUUUCUUUAACUGGAAAACCAAAUAUACCAUCAUUUCGUUCUGGUCCAAUAAGUCAAUGGAAAGAUAGAUAUAACAUAUCGUGGAUUGUGAAUUCAUUUGCUCCAAUCGAGGAAUAUAAAUUAUUUUAUCGACCAACACAAAAUGCUAUUGAAAAUACAUUCGAUGGUGGUCAUAAUGCAGUUGCAUCAGCUCCUGGUUUUGGAAAUCCACCUAAUAGAAAUUAUCCAUAUUUAAAAAGAAAUGACGAUGAUCCAUUGAACCCAUCGUUUAUGGAUUCAAUGCUAUUUCAUUCUGGUUAUUCAAGUACGGGUAUGCAUUGGUCUAGAUAUGAAUGGCGUGAAAUUAUUUUACAAGCGAUGUCAGGUACAAGUCGUUAUACACAAGGAAUGAAUUAUAUUCUUAGGGGUUUAGAACCCGAUCAGCAAUAUGAAGCAAAAUUACAAGCAAGAAAUCGUUUUGGUUGGAGUGAUUUUUCUGAUAUUUUCCUAUUUACAACAUCGAAUACAGAUACUGAAAUGAGAGAUUUAAGUGUUACACAUUAUAGUAGUACAUCAUCAUCAUCAUCGAUAUUUCCAUGGUCAUCGUUUUCAUCAACAGCGUCAACAAUAAUGUUUUCGCAUCAUAGUAUUAUUAAUUACUCAGUUAUAGUAUUAAUUUGCAUAUCGUUCUUAUUUUUAUAAUAUUUUGCUCGUCCAAUUUCAACACCACCGCCAUCAUCAUCAACAACAUUAUUGUCACAGUCACAGCAACAGCAACAACAACUAGAGCAACCAAAUGAAUUACAUGUUAAUGAAUAUCAAAAUCAUCAGCAAUUAAAUCAAACAAUUUUAGAUGAACAAAAAGAAAAUCAACAACAACAACAACAGCACGAUUAUCAUGACGAUCAGCAAUUAUUACAACAAUUACAAUUGCAACAACAACAACAACAAGCUCAGCAGUUUUACUUUGAAACGCCAAUUCAUGAACCAAAUAUUUAUUAUCAACAGCAUCAUCACAACAAUGAUAUCGAAUUACAAAAUUUCAAUCAAUUUACAACUUCAUAUAUUUCGGUUGUAGGUGCAACAACAACAACAUUAUUGGAACAUGAACAACAAUAGCAACAUUAUCAACAACGGCACCAAUUAAUUUUAAUGCAAAUGCAUCAAAAACAAUAGGGAUUUUUUUUUCCCUUUUGUUUUUUUUUGUUCUCUCAUUUUAUCCUAAAUGCAAUCGAGGAAUAACAAUUGGUGGAACAAAAGUUAUAAAUAUUUUAUGAACGUGUACACAAGAUGUAUAUAUAAAUAUAUAUAGUAUGUCAUAUCAAAACGGAUAUAUGGUUAUAAAUUGUUGGAAUUUUUGUUAACCAAAAAUUACCAUGAUGGAUUUUAAAAUUUCUUCAUAUUUAUCUUUUGGUUGACAAGGCAGCAAACAGAAAAACGCGGGAGGAAGGACUUAAAAAUUAAAAACAGAGAGUGUUAAAAAAAAAGUUGGAAUAUUUUUUUUUCUUUACUGUGCUGACAUGAAAGACUAGCAUACUGAAAAGAUUUUUCUCUUCUUUGUUUUUAAGUUAAAAUGUAAAACAAAAGAAUUAAAAAAUUAAAUUUUGAAAACGGGAAAUUCAUUCGGAAUAUUGAAAAAUGUGAUUUUCAUUUCAGGAAAAUGAGAUGGUAAACGUUAAGAAAAAAAUUUAUAAUAGAAAACGUUGGCAAAGAUUACAGAUUUAAAUUAAAACAGCUUCAAUGAAAAACUAGAGAGAAAAAAACUUAAACUAUUGAGUUGAAUAAAAAUCACAAUCAAUUCAUUAGAAAUGCGAUUUAUUCCGUUACCAAUGCAUAGAUAGUUUUUAUUAUAUAUGUGGGUAUAUAUACAAUAUGCAUUUAAACAGUUUGCUGAACCAUGUAUUUUUUUAAAACACGUUGAGAAAAAAGACAAAAUACAGCGAUGCGACAUAUUUUUGUUUUCCUCCUGUUAUCGUGUAUAAUUUAUUCUGGACGAGAAAUUGUGUUGUCGAAAACCAAUUGCGAAAACCAAUUUUUAACAAAAUUAUUGUUAAAUGAAAACCAAUUUUUUUAAUUCUUUUUUUUUUUUGCAAUCUAGCAAGAAGCGCAAAAAAUUCUUUUAAAUUUAGUAAAAGGAAAACACAAAAAACUAAAUUGCAUAAAUCACUCCUCUUUGUUAGAAAUAAAAAAAAAAAAUUUUGAACGUUCCAACUGUGUACAUUCUAUACGUACAAGCAAACCAUUAAAAUAUUUGUAAAAUUGGAUGCAAAAAAGAAAAAAAAUUAUUUUAAAUGCAAUUUUAUAAUAAAUUUUA